AUGGCAGUUCUUGUACGACCAUCCUUGGUCACAGUGUCCGACCCUGUUACGGUUCAAGCUGCCUCAGUCCGCGCCUAUAUCGACAAUACCCUUACAGAAUUGCUCCAUGAAUUAUCGCUACCACCAUCAGAAGGACGACCCUCUAUAACCCUGCGACGCAGAUCAAAUAUUGCGACAUAUGCCAUCAAUCGUCAAAAUGGAGCUCUUGAAGCUCAUUCAAAGGUCUUGCACCGCACCUACUCAUGGCCAGGGAACUCGGCCUAUGAAGCAUGGAGAUUCUGCGAUGCGAAUGGGACAACUGAUAUCGAAGAGGUCAGUCAUCUCGUGCAAUAUAAACGGAGUGAUAUCGUGUUCAUCAUCAGGGAAAUCAUCAGGGAUAUAUACUACAUUGAUCCAGCAUACUUCAAGUCGCAAAAUGUUGUGGACAAUAUCGUUGAUGAUCUUGCAUAUACUAUUGGGGUCGAACGAGCAGCGUUGAACGUCGAAGCAGCAGGAAAAGGUCUCAUUACUGGUCCCUUUACCUUGAGGCGUGGAUCUCAAGUUGUGAUGGAUGCUCGGUUUUCCUCUCAAGACAAUUUAAUACCUCGAAUUCAGGAAGAUGAUGAGAUUGACAUCUCCGGCACGAGAUGGAUUCUUAUUAUUGAGAAAGAGGCUGUGUUCCAUCGACUCGCAAGAGACAGUUACCAUACGACAGCUCUUGCCGGCCAAGGUCUCCUCAUAACCGGCAAAGGAUACCCGGAUCUCUGUACACGCGCAUUCGUUCACCAUAUUCUUUGCGCUGCGUCGUCGGGAAAUAGACGACCGCCGCCCGUUUAUGCGCUUGUUGAUGGAGACCCUGACGGCAUAUCAAUCAUGUCAACGUACAAGUACGGAUCAAUGGCGCAUUCUCAUGAAAACGCAAGAUUCGUUAUACCCAACUUGCAGUAUCUGGGCCUCCGAGUUUCAGAUGCAGUCAUAAACUCUGAACUUUUGGAAAAUAUCUCUCUCCUCGCUUUGACACCUCGAGACCGACGUAAGAUUGUCAGCAUGCUCCAGAAUAGUCCGAUUUGGGCAGCUGAUGGACCCGAACCCGAAUGGCGCGUGGAGUUGCAAAGAAUGAUGAUGUUAAAUUUGAAAGCCGAGAUUGAAAUCCUCUAUGAACGUGAAGGGGGUCUGAAAGGAUGGAUUGAUCAGAUAAUGUUUCGACAGGCAUAA